CUUUCGUAUACUCACAGCUGAUAUCGCUUUGAACGUCGUAAUAACAGAUAGUGAAUCCAGAAUGAAUUUAACGCCAAAGACAUUUAAAGAAAGACGUUCCUUUGCACAAAGAGUUGCAGAUGUAGAAUUAAUUAAACAAAGGUAUCCAAAUAAAAUACCUAUUAUUAUUGAAAGAUAUUAUGGAGAGAAACAAUUACCUGUAUUGGACAGAUCCAAAUUCUUGGUACCAGAUUAUUUAACAGUGGCAGAAUUCAUCAAAAUAAUUCGACGUAAACUACAACUACAUCCAACCCAGGCAUUUUUUCUGUUAGUAAACCAAAGAAGUAUGGCAAGUGGUAGUAUGACCAUGGCACAACUUUAUCAGAGAGAACAAGAUGCAGAUGGUUUUCUUUACUUUGUAUUUGCUAGCCAAGAAGUAUUUGGGCAUUAAAUUGAGUCGCUUUAGUUGGAAAAUAAAAACAAACUUUUUUUGGAAUAUACUAUGUGCUAAAUAUUUUUAAAGAUUCUUAGGGAAAGUUUUAGAUCUAUUAUAACUAUCCAUAUCUGCCUUUCCUCGAAUAUACAGACUCUUUGUGAUCAACUUGCAGUACCUGCUGAAAUAAUUAAUGGAACAAUCAAGUUUGACAUUUAUGUGUAAAAUCAUUAUGGUGCUUUGGGCCUUCAGCAUGUAAAUCAGUUAUAUUUUACAUAAGUUAAAGUAUAAGAUUAAUUUUAUUCUUAAUAA